GAGAAAAACAUUUUCACAUGACUAUAUCACGAAUGUCUUUAAAAUUUUAGACACUUCAUCUCCAUUAUUAAAGUAAAAUAUUAAAGUGAAUCUUGAGAUAUAAAAAUGAGUAAAGUUACUCACGCGUACGUUUGUUAUCUCGAUGAUAAUGAGAAAUUAAUAGUCAAAGUAUCAGAUAUUAAAGCCUUCAAACCUGAAAAUGUUGAGGACUUCGACAAUACUAAAAAAUACCAGGUUUUAUGGUAUGACAAAGCUACGAAAAAAUCAAAUUACUAUAGUGCCAGUAUUAUACUACUUGGAAGUAGUAAAAAAAAUCUUGAAGAAAAAAUUAAACAAGCAGAAGAUGAUGACAAUUCGACAAAACUCCGCCAGACGCGUAUCUCAUCCAGUGAGAGUGAUAGGUCAUCAGAUGAUGAAAAACCGUUAAAAAAAAGAAAGAAAGAUGACUCUCUGAAAAGUAACAAGUCAACUCUGAAAUUAUCUAAAGUUGAUACUAGCACUCCAAACAUUUCAUUAGAGUUUUCUAGUAAAAAAACUGUAGUCGAUGAGAUCUAUGAACAAAUUUAUGAACUCAAAAACCGAGUUGUAUCAUUAGAGAAUGAAAAUACAAUUAUUUUGUCAGAUGUAAGCAUUUUAAAGGAAGAGUUAAAUAAGGUUAAGCAAGAUUCUAUCAAAAACAAUCAUCGAAACGAUGGAUACUCCAGAAAACAGUCAGUUCUAGGUAACAAUGAAAAAAUCGAAAAUGAUUUAAUGGUGCUACCUGAAGAUCCUCGUUACAAUAAAACCCUGGGACUCUAUGAAACGAGCACACCUGAUUUGACUGAAUAUAAUACACCAGGUAUGUUUUACAAGGGUAAUAAAAUAAUAUCGAACGUUCAGUAAUUUAAAAUAAUCAUUCUAAUGAUAAGUUAUACUUUAGCGAAUAUCAUAUACAACUAAAAGUAAAAAAUAUUUAUUGCCGGUUGUUCAUAAUGUAGAGAUUGAAUCCUCUCCGAAAAUUACUGUUGAUGGAAGUUCAUCUUUAAAUAAUAACAAGUCACUGCUGCAGCCUUCGUACAAUCGUUACCAAAAAGUAAUGAUUGAUGACCCGAUAUCUGGAGGAAAAGUAUGUGAUUUUCGGUUUUCGUUUUAAAAAUUCAUGUUUACUUCAAAGUCCAAUUAUUGAUAUUGUUAUUACAGGUUGAAAAGAUCUAUUUAGAUAAAGAUAUUUUUAUUAGUUCUGAGAAUUGGGAUUCAAUACAGAAUCAAAAAGAUGAUUCUAAAUUUGUUAAAAAUCUCCCUAUCAAAAAAAUCCAUAUGGGAAUCCAGCCUAGAUUCCCACAUGGAUUCCCACAUGGCGUUUUCGGAUGGAUUCCCAUAUAGGAAUCCAUAUGGAAGAAAACAAAUUUAAUAUGUUUUUUACGAAUUCUAUUUAAAUAAGUAGACAAAUUUAUUUUUCACAUAUCAAGUGUUUAGAAAAUUUAUUCAUUUUAAUCUGUUACAUUUCCGCGAUCCCGCAAUAAGAACAAUUUAUCGGUUAUAUGAUCAGUAGGGCCAGGACUUUCGCAGCAGUUCCUGGCCCUAGUGAUCAGCAAAAAUAACAUGUAUGUUAAAUUCUUAGUCCGUUGACUGAAUAACUACAUAUAAUGUUA